UGACACUGCACUGUAAGUGCUGCUGCUCCCUGCAUCCCAUUCCCUGUGUUGUGUAUCUGCACCUGGAUCAGCAGAUAUAUUUGUGGAAAGAUGGGAGCCCCUGAGCACUGGAGCUGCGACCUAAGCCUUCUUCUCUCUCUAAUCGUGAUUGUGUCUGCAGUUUCUGCAUUAGAUCCUUUUGACACUCAGCUGGGAGACAUCAGCUCUUGCACCAAGCAGUGUCAGCUCAUCUUUAAACACAAGAGCUCUGCUGAAGAUAUUGUUCUCGGUGCCUGUUCCAGAGGAUGCAGACUGUUCUCAAUCUGCCACUUUGUGGAUGUCACUGCUGACCUUAAUACAACAAGAGCUGAAUGCGAGUCAGCUUGUGUUGAAGCCUACGCCAAAGUAGAAGAGCAGUAUGGAUGCACCACGGGCUGCCGGAAUCAGCAACCAGAAGUCGAGGACCAGAAAGAAAAGAUGCUGGACCUGCGACUGCCCUCAUCAUUCUCCAUGUUUGACCUAAUUUCUGGCUUCUGCAAUGACAUUGUCAGCUCAGCUCAGAGUUUUAUCUCCUCCACAUGGACAUUCUAUCUACAGGCCGAUGAUGGGAAAGUAGUGGUAUUCCAGUCUCAGCCAGAGAUCGAGUACCCUGUGCUAGAGCUACAAGCACCAAGAUCUGAUGUUACAGAGAAGUCGUGGCUUUCCUCUAGACUCAGUACCUUGAAGCCUCACACAGGUUUACGAGACAAAAUGGAGAAGCCCCCUGGAAAGGACUCCAAGACAAAGCGUAAGCUGACACACCUGGAGACCCAGCAGUCUGAGCACGAUUUCCUUGGGUGCAUGUCUAAACGCUCUGGUUUACCUCGCUGGAUUUUGGCUGCUUGUCUUUUUCUUUCCAUCAUGGUAAUGCUCUGGCUCAGCUGUGCUAGCCUGGUGACUGCUCCUGACCAACAUAUAAAGGCACAGCCUCUGAGCAUAAAUGGUGACAAAGAAUACAUGGAAGAUUUGGAGAAGCCGGCACCCUUCCCUCUGCCCCCUGUUGUCGCUGUUACCAUCUGCCCUACAGAAGAAAGUGAGGAAGCAGGACCACUGCCAGUCAAAGUCGACUUGGACAAAACAGUCAUCUAAGUCAUUGUUUUCUAAACCUGUAGAGGGGAGGGCAACACGAUGCAUUUGAAUCCCCUGCAGCACUAUAGGGGAUACUUGUCUUGUUUACCAGUUUCAUGAACUGUACCUUUUUGCUUCCUUUCUCUGCAUUUAGAUGGUUGAACCGUAGCCAACAAACCCCUUUAUAAUAACUUUGGAGAGUGAAAGGUUGCAGUGGGCUUUGUAGUCAAGAUAAAAAAAAAAAGUGUGUUUUCGGACAAACGAUCAGGUUAGAGUAUUCUUCAUUUGUGUAGUUUGAACAUGGGUAUGAGAUGGUUUAACCAGAGUUGGCAUGUGCGACAAUGAUCUAACAAUGUCACACAAAGUUUACUGUAAAUAGGUCACAGCUAUGAAGCAAGCUUAUAUCAAUAGAAUCGCAACCACCAAACAUGAUCACUGAUUAUUAGAUAGUGAUUUCAAAAUCAAGGCACGGCAAAAAUAUCUAGAAAUCUAGCCUCACUGGAAUUUGUGGUAAAUUCAUUGAAAGCAACUGUUUAGUCAAUUAUUUCAGUGAAUUUCUUUCUUGUUGUAUAUACUUGACAUCUAUACAGCCUAAAUAGAUUUUCUGCCUAUCUUUUCUUACGACUUGGCAUGCUUUUGCUGUAUAUACUAUGGCUAAGAGUAUUGUGGAAUAACAUGGAUAAACAUCUGAUAUUAAUCACUUACCUAUGUUUAGCGAUACCACUUGUGGAUUUAGAAAAAUGCUGCUGCUGCUGCUGAUAAAAUAUCACUUCUAAAACAAUCUCACAGUUUUGCUUUGACAGAGAAGUUCAGAUGUGUCACCAGUUAUUGGACCGUAUAUAAUUUUUUGUGGGAGAUGGAAAUAUCGCAGCUGUGAUAUUUCACCUGAAUGAACAAACGUGAUAUGAAUAAAUGAUAUAAACUGAUAGUCCGUAUGAUCAUUAGACGCUCACUGCAAAUGUUUGCUUUCUGUAAGGAGUAAUUAUCAGCCGCAUAACAGCAGAAUACAGACACCACACGGACUUCUGCUUAUGUCAUGACUUCUUUGUCACAAAAAUUCAGUUUGGCAUUUUAAAAGACCAGGUUUCAAUUAUCUGUUUGAUGGGGUGAAAAUAAAACCUUUCAUUUGUAAUUUAAAAGAUUCCAUUUCUCAUGGAUUUUUGUAGCUUGAACACUGUUUCUUAAAGGGAAAGAAUGGUACAAAAUAAAAUGUGCACAGGUGCAGUUCAGUUUGAAAUAUAAGCAUUUUUGCAAUGCACUUCCAUUAGCAAAAAAUGCUUUUAGUAAAAGUUAUUACUGCUUUGUCUGCGGCAUACGCACAUAUCCUGGAGGGCCUGUGCGCCGGUAUUUAAAGACCAUGCCUGCUAAGAGAGCGGCUUCUAUGACACAAAUGAUGUCUUCAGAAGCGAUACACUACUGACUCUCUGAGCAGGCAUGGUGUUUAAAUACUGGUGCAGGGGCCCUCACAGGAUAUGUGCGUAUGCCGCCGAAAAACGGUAAUAACUUUUAAUAGAAGCAUUUUUGCUGAUGAAAGUAAAAUGUUUAUAUUUCAAAAUGAAAUGCACCUAUUGCAAAUUUCAUUUUUGACCUUUUUAUAGUCCCCUUAUUGUCAGUAUCAGCUUGGUCGUCUCUAUAGUACAUUCCAGUUCAAAUGUGUCUUUUACCAUACGAUUUACACCUUGAAUAUGAAGAGCCAUUUCAUAAACACUGGUUAUAUCAUUCAUUUCCACAUACGUAAUAGAAUUAAUAGAUUCUUGUUUGUUUGGUUUGACAUCAAUCAUUUCUUGAAUGUUCCUGUUUAUGGAAUGUGUUGUAAAAUCAAGCACAGACUGACAUCUGUUGCUUUAUUUUUGGGCAAUUAUCACUCCCCCCUUUCCUUUUGUAAUUACAUUAUAUGUAACAUUUUGCUUUUAGGUGUUGCUUUGGCUAUAACACAUUAAAAUCCCAGAUUGUUUUAAAGGGACACUGAACCCAAAUAUUUUUCUUUCGCGAUUCAGAUAGAGCAUGAAAUUUCAAACAACUUUCUAAUUUAUUCCUAUUAUCAAAUUUUCUUCAUUCUCUUGGUAUCUUUAUUUGAAAUGCAAGAAUGUAAGUUUAGAUGCUGGCCUAUUUUUGGUUAACAACCUGGGUUGUUCUUACUGAUUGGUGGAUAAAUUCAUCCACCAAUAAAAAAGCUUAGAUGCCUUAUUUUUCAAAUAUAGAUAGCAAGAGAAUGAAGAAAAAAAUUGAUAAUAGGAGUAAAUUAGAAAGUUGCUUGAAAUUGCAUGCUAUAUCUGAAUCAUGAAAGAAAAAAAUUGAUAAUAGGAGUAAAUUAGAAAGUUGCUUGAAAUUGCAUGCUAUAUCUGAAUUGCGAAAGAAAACAUUUGGGUUCAGUGUCCCUUUAAUUAAGUAGCACUUCCUAUUCACAAAGCAGGGCUAACUUGUAAACUUCUAUAACAUCGUAUGAAAUGUGUACAGUAUUUCUGUUAUAUUCCAUACGUUCCUUUGAGUAGUAUAAGCAUCAGAUAACUCUGCCUCUGUUCACAUGAACUUGUGCAUUUUAUAUAGACAUAGGUUCUAUUACAGGGAUCAAGGUUUUGGGUAGUUUUUUUCUUCUACAGAAUUCGAUGAAGAUUUUUGUAGAUACAUUUCCAGGAUAAGUUGUUUUGUGUUUGUUUAUUUUUUUGUAACUGAAUUGAAAUCUGCACCAUAGUUUCUCUGUGGAUGUCUAGUUGAGCAUCACAAUAUAUUUCUAAAUUACCAGCAUCUAGAAACUAAACAAGUAGGUUAACAAAAUGACUAUAGCUGUUUAUAUCCUGAUACAGAGUCAGCAAAACUUAGGCUACAUAAAGGUGAUAUCCAACCAGUGGAAGACUUCACUUUGCAAAUAUAAUAAACACAUCCAGGUUCUAAUAUUCAUUAAUCACGUUGCAGAUAAAAUCUAUAAUAUGCAAUAAUAAUGACAGCCAGAUAUUACACUAUAACAUUUUCCUGAGCCUUUUCACCUCAUUCUUUGUGGUUCAUUAUUUUUUUCUUGGUUUAUGAUUUAGUAUUUUGACUUAGGAAAGCAAGAGUUAAUCACAUAUAUUCAUUGUAUUAUCAUUUAAAAUCCAAUCUUUUCCGAUCCUCCUUUGUUUCGACUUUACAUCCCAGAGUUCUGUGCUGUUAUGGGUGGAAGAUAAAAAAGCCUUGAAAGAUAAAUAAAAAAAUAUUUCUCCCUAGAUUACUA